AACAGUUUAUUAAACCAAGUUCGCUAAACCAUAUAAAAAAUGUUUAAAUUCCUCUGCUUAGCCACUCUUGUAGCCUUUGCUGCCGCUGCUGGUCAUGGUAGUGAUGAUGAUGUACAUGCUGAAGUUAAGCAAUUAAAAUCUGAUGUCCGUCACGAUGGCUUCGAUAUUGCUCUGGAAACUUCCAAUCACAUCAGUCAACAUGCUUCGGGUGAUGAACAUGGCAACAUUCAUGGCUCCUAUGAAUAUCUCACCCCUGAAGGUGAACACAUCAAGGUGGACUAUGUGGCCGAUGAGAAUGGCUAUCAUCCCGAAAGUGCUGUCUUGCCCACACCACCCCCAGUGCCAGCUCACAUCUUGAAGGCCAUCGAAUAUAUUCGUGCCCAUCCCCCCAAGGAAGAGAAGGGAUCCCAUCAUUAGUAAGUUGAGUUAUGUGCGAUGGGG